AUGGAGCCACAGCUAAUCCUUCAGAUCUCAUUUUUUGUGCUAAUAUGCCCAGCCAUUGCCAUCAACCCAGAAGCAGAUGCACUUCUCCGAUGGAAAUCCACACUGAUUGGAGCCAACUCGCUGUCCUCGUGGUCACCUGCCAAUUCAACCUGCUUCUGGUUCGGCAUCGCCUGCGAUGGUGCUGGCCACGUCACUGCGCUCUGCCUUCGCAGUGCAGGGAUCAACGGCAAGCUUGAUGCGUUCUACUACACCGCGUUCCAGAAUCUCAGCAAGCUUGACCUCAGCAACAACUACCUUGUUGGUACCAUCCCAGCGAACCUGUCCAUGUUGCUCACUCUCACCUUUCUUGACUUGAGCAUCAACGGUCUCAGUGGUGCCAUCCCCUACCAACUCAGUAAGCUCCCUAUGAUUGCUCAUCUUAAUCUCGGGAACAACCACUUGUUCAACCCAGAAUCUGCCAAGUUUUUACCUAUGCCCAGUUUGAAAUUCUUAUCUUUAACGAACAAUAGUCUCAACGGCACAUUCCCCCAGUUUAUCCUUAACUGCACGUGGAUGAGAACGCUUGAUUUAUCAUUUAAUUCCUUCUCGGGAAAUAUACCAGGCUCACUGCCAGAGAUGGUCCCGAGAUUAAGGUAUUUGUAUCUGUCAUAUAACAGAUUCUCUGGUGCAAUACCACGUUCACUUUCAAGGCUCCGAAAGCUCAGGGACCUAGAUCUUGAUACAAAUAAUCUCACUGCCGGAGUCCCAGAAGAGCUGGGGAUGAUACCUGCAUUGCGUUUUCUUAGACUAUCCAAAAACUUUCUUGGUGGAUCGAUCCCAGCAUUACUCGGGAAGCUUCAAAUGCUAGAAUGGCUUGAAAUAUCCAAUGCUGGUUUGUUUUCAACUCUUCCAGCCGAGUUGGGGAACCUUACCAGCCUCAAUUACAUGGACUUGUCACAUAAUCAGUUGCAUGGAAGUUUACCAACGUCUUUUGCCGAGAUGCAAGGAAUAGGAGCCCUCUAUUUAAGCGGGAAUAAUCUCAGCGGGGCCAUUCCACUGGAGUUAUUUACAAACUGGACGGAGCUCUUGCUGUUCGACUUGUCCAACAACUCGUUCAAUGGAAGCAUCCCAGCGCAGAUCGAUAACUGCAAUAUCUUAGGAUAUUUGGACUUGUCAGAUAAUCACUUUACUGGAACAAUACCAUUGCAAAUCGGUAACACGUCUUUGGUAUACAUUGACUUCAGCACCAAUCAACUUGAGGGCGAGCUUCCUGCAUCUAUAUCAGAACUCGAAGGUCUCAAAUAUCUCAUCUUGUCUGACAACAAGCUCACAGGUAGCAUGUCUAAUCUCAAUGGCAUGGAGUUGCCCACUUUAUGUCGAUUCAAAAAUAGUAGUUUGCAAAUAUUGGAUCUGUCCAACAACCAACUAUUUGGAGAGCUCCCAGUUUGCAUUUGGAACUUGCAGUAUCUUCAAGUCUUGGAUUUGUCCAGCAACACUUUAGUUGGGGAAGUAUCAACCAUGAUUAACUCUACAUCCUCUUCACUAAUGUCACUACACCUAUCCAACAACAACUUCACUGGACGCCUUCCAGCAUUGUUGAAGAACUUGAAAAGCAUAGAAAUUUUGGAUCUUGGAAACAAUAAGUUUUUUGGAAUGAUUCCUCCGUGGAGACAUGAGAGCAAUCCUUUGCUGUGGAUUCUCCGACUGCGUUCAAAUUUAUUCAAUGGAAAUAUUCCCAGGCAACUUUCGCAGCUCUCCUAUCUCCAUGUGCUUGAUCUAGCUGAAAACAAUUUAACAGGUUCAAUACCAAAAACAUUGGCCAACUUAUCUUCAAUGUGGAAGCAAUCCAUGAUGCAGCAAGAAAGCAUCAACACUGGGAUUCAAACAUAUGCAUAUGGCGAUGUUGACAUAGUUUGGAAAGGAAGAGAUUAUAUUUUUCAGUCAUCAGCUGACUUUAUGGCUGCUAUUGAUUUGUCUUGCAAUUCUCUCUCUGGUGGAAUUCCUUCAGAGUUGACAGAAUUAAAGGGUCUCCGUAUGCUGAAUCUGUCAAGAAAUUAUCUAUCUGCUGGUAUCCCAGAACAGAUUGGCGAUCUGUCACUUUUAGAAUCACUUGACCUCUCUUGGAACAAACUUUCAGGCCCUAUUCCUUUAAGCAUGUCAUAUUCGUCUCUCAAUUCACUAAAUCUCUCAAACAACAAUUUGUCAGGAGGGAUACCUAUUGGAAAUCAACUCAGAACGCUUGUUGAUCCCUCUAUAUACAGCAACAAUCCAGGACUUUGUGGUUUUCCCCUAAACAUUGCUUGUGAAAACCAUACCUUGGAUAGGGUAAAUGAACACCGCCAAGAUCUUGAAAUCAUAUGGCUAUACUACUCAAUAAUUGCUGGUGUUGUCUUCGGGUUCUGGUUGUGGUUUGGAGCAUUGUUCCUCUGCAAGUCCCGGAGGUUUGCUUUCUUCAGUUCCAUUGAUGCCAAGCAAAAUAAACUUGUGCAGUCUUUUGGGACCACGUACCCUACUGGAUGCAGACCCCGAGGGAAGUAA